CCAAUGGUCCCUCGUGUUUACAGUGUAAACAACUCUGCUGUUCGCUGAAACACUUUCAUUGUGACAAUUUCUCCUUAUUCUGCAUAUUAUUCAAGCAAAUAGGAUAUAUAUUUAUCUAAGAGUGGCAUAGAAAUUCUUUGUGACUGACAAGAAAGGAGUAGAACAUCAAAAUGACGUUCCCGGCGAGUCACAAGACAGUGUUUGUGUUGGAUCACACGCUGACUGCUUCGUCGGGAGUCAAGUUGGAAAUUGAUGGCUUUAGUAAAUCCAGGAGUGGAAACAGUAAUAGCCAACCACAAUCACAACCGAUGAACCUUAUACCUUUGUUGCCAGUUACCAAAUCUCUUUGGACGUGUGCUGUGGAAGCCAUUACGGAAUAUUGCAGAAUAGUGUGGGACAUCUUCCCAGGAUCUCGCCUUAUACGCUUUAUUGCAGUUGACAAAACUGUUCACAAGUUGUCCUCAUGGAACCUGGAAGACCAGUGUUUAAAACCAGCCUGA